CUGAAAAGCGGAUGUAAAUAAAAGCAGUUUGUGGUAAAACACUUGUGUUUUUGACAGUCGUUGAUAGUUAAUGCUAAGAUAUUUACUUUAUAAAUGCAAUAUAACUAUAUACGACAUAACAAUAUCCAGCUGGUGUAACGGAGUUCUCAGAGAAAAGGGGGGAUUACAAAGUAUUUGGAACAAUAACGUCAGUACGUGUCUGUCGGUUUUAUUUGACUUAAGUUUAUCUGCUUAAAGGGCUCCUUUACUGUCAGUUAUGGAUCAACCUGAAGAAAUGGGCAGCUUCAGCCAACCAACAGAGGCUGUGGGGCUGAAUGAUGAUCCUGCUCCUGACGGCUCAACCGGACAGAAGGACACCUCCACUACAGACAUGCUGAGAAUAAAAAAACAGAUGUCAAACCAGUGCUUUGAGAUGGCUGUGCAUCUCCAAGCAGGGAAAACUAAGAGAUCAUGCAGCUCAUCUGAAGCUGAGAGAGACUUGCCGGAUUAUGUGAGUGAGUUGGAAAGAGUCAAGACCACUCAUUUCAACAGCACAAUGAUAUUACACAGAAUGCAAAUGUGGCAUGCUGUUGCAGAAAAGCUGAGACAGAAAGAUUCAGAUGCAGAUGAGCUGAAAGGAGUGAGUGAUCGAUGUAUGGCCCUCUGCUCACAAAUAAAACAUCUUCAGCAAGAGUCAAGAGGUCUUCAAGAGGAAAUAUCAGAAUUACAAAAGAAAAGGCUUGAGAUGAAGCGGCUCACAAAUGAAAAAAUGAAAGAGAUGGAACAGUUGAAAUCCAAGAAAGAACAUCCAGAUACAGAGAAGUACAAAGCCGCUUUGGAGAAAGGACAGUCGAACCUGGAGAAAUAUAAACAGAUGGCCGUCAUGGCACAGAAUGUCCUGAGGGGUCUUCUCUUGGCCUAUAAAGUCAACUGGCUGGAUGAUCCUGCACUUCGUGAUAUUGCCAUGACGCUAGAAGAGUUUCCCAUCUCUGACUAGAGGUUGAAUCUUGUUGUUGUAUAUUUGUGUGAUCAUUGUAAAAUAAAUGCGUAAACUUUAAAACCAA